UGGCUGGGGCUCGCCCUGCUGCCCCUGGCCGUGCCCCCCGCCGCCGCCCCCGGGGGCUGCCCGUCCCCCUGCUACUGCGUGGCCACCCCCGAGCUGGUGCAGUGCCGCUACGAGCGGCUGGACGAGCCGCCGAGGGAGCUGCCGGCCUCCGUGCACAACCUGAGCAUCGCCGGCAGCAACCUGAGCGUGCUGCGCAGAGCCGCCUUCGCCGCCCGCCCGCUGCCCGACCUCCGCCUGCUCCGCCUGCACCACGACAACAUCCAGGCCAUCGAGGACAUGGCCCUGCAGGGGCUGCCGGCCUUGCGGACCCUCGACCUGAGCCACAACCCUUUGCUCUCGGUGGCUUCGGGCGCCUUCGCGGGCGCCCCGCUGCUGCGCACGCUGCAGCUCAACCAGGCGCUGCUGGCCGCCCCGCUGGAGGAGCAGCUCGCCUCGGCGCUGCGCAACCUCAGCCUGCGGCGCCUGGAGCUGGCGGGCAACGAGCUGCGGGCGCUGCCGACCACCCUGCUGCCCGCCGGCCUGGAGGAGCUGGACCUCCGCAACAACUCGCUGCAGCGGCUGGCGGCCGCCGAGCUGCGUAGCUUGGAGGCGCCGGGGCUGCGGGGGCUGCGGGUGUCCCUGGGAGCCAACCCGCUGCGCUGCGACUGCGCCCUGCGCCCGCUGCUGGCUUGGCUGCGCUCCGCCGCCGCCCGCGUGCCCGACGCUCGAAGCCUGCGCUGCGCCGGGCCUCCUGCGCUGCGCGGGGCCUCGCUGCUGCGCCUGCGGCCCGAAGGGUUGGGCUGCGCGGCCUCCGAGGGCGGCGAGGCCGGGAGGCUGGAGACGGCCUCCUACGUCUUCUUCGGCAUCGUGCUGGCCCUCAUCGGCAUCGUCUUCCUCAUGGUGCUCUACCUGAACCGCCGCGGCAUCAAGCGCUGGCUGCACAACCUGCGGGAAGCCUGCCGCGACCAGAUGGAGGGCUACCACUACCGCUACGAGCAGGACGCCGAUCCACGCUGCGCCAGCGCCGCCGGCACCCCCGGCCUCUGACGGCACCCCCGGCCUCUGACAGCACCCCAAAAUCCACCCAUCACGCUGCCCCUCGACGCCUCCAUCCCCGGCAUCCUCCCCGACCCCAUCCUGGUGCCACGGCACCGCUCCGGAGGCAGAGCCACCCCUGGGGAUGCUGCGCGUGCCCAUGUUGGGAUGCGUCCAAGCGGGCAGCAUCGCCCCUCGGAGGGCUCCGGACUGGCUCGCCCCCACACCCUGCUCCAUCCCAUCCCAAUGGGACAGA